GUAGAUGAGUGGAAAUGGCACCGCGUGGAAUUCUUCUAUACGCAAAAUACAUUUUCAUUAAACGUCUCAGUAUAUCACAAUAUACAAACUGUUCCUCCUAGUCAGUGUCCCCAAGGAAGUUUCUAUUUUUAAGGAUAGGACAAAAUUGUGACAACGUUACGUACGAGAUCGUGGAGGAUAAAUGCGGUGUUGAUAUCGAUGUUGAAAUUUUCCUGAAAACUACUUUACAAAUUCGAGUGUUUUUCAGCGAGAAAGUGAAUGGCCGGCUGUAGCGAAUGGGUUGAACACCGUCAUGGAGAAAGUGGAGAAGAUAGAAAUAAGGCAAGACGGUGAUGAGGAGGUGACUGUCGAAGAAACAACAAGAUGCAAAGGUGUCAAGAUAUAUCUGAAGGAAUACUGUCAGAAUUCCAGUAUUCAAGGAUUGAAUUAUGUGGUAGCAGAUGGAAUUUCAAUAUUUGAGAGAUUAUGGUGGAUUUUAGUUCUGGCAAGCUGCAUCGGUGGAUGUAUUUAUAUGAUAUCAGAGAUUUAUAACAAAUGGGCAGAGAGUCCAGUUCUGGUUUCGCUGGCGACCAGAGAUACGCCUAUUACAGAGAUUCCUUUCCCUGCAAUAACUGUUUGUCCUGAAGCCAAACUGAAAGGAAGCUGUUUCAAUUACACCAGAACAUUGGAAGCUGUUAAAGCAGGAAAGAAUAUUUCAAAUGUUGAACAAACACAAUUUGACUACAUGUCACUACUAUGUAAAGCAGAAAACCACAAAAUAACUCCUGCCAAACCUGAUACAUUUGACAAGAAGUUUUAUGAAUUUUUGUAUGAGUGCAGAUCUGUAGAUUUGACUAUGAGCUAUUGCAAAUGGAUGAACACACCAAUUCCAUGCACAUCAUUGUUCAAACCGUUAAUGACGGAUGAAGGAAUUUGUUACAGCUUCAAUAGUUUUGAUAUAAAAGAUAUACACACCGACAGAGUUCCUCGAAAUUAUUUCGAUGAAGACGAUAAGAUUGUUACUUGGGACCCUGAUGAUGGCUACCCAAAAGGGUCGAAUACUUCUACUAAAGAAUAUCCUAGAAGAGCUCUUUUACCAGGAGCUCUCAACUCACUCACUGCUGUUUUCUUCACCAAAGCUGACGAUAUUCUUUAUAAUUGCAGGGAUUUUGUUUACCAAGGCCUGAAGGUAUCGCUACAUAUGCCUUCAAGGAUUCCAAGACCUAGUCAAGUUUACUUCAACGUUGGACUGGAUAGAAUCACAUCUGGAGUGGUACUACCAACACUUAUGUCGACAGCGAAAAAUGUGGAAAGCACUCCUCCAGAAGUCCGUAACUGUUACUUCUCCAAGGAAAGGAAAUUGGCGUAUUACAAAGUCUAUUCACAGAAUAACUGCAACAUGGAAUGUUCAGCAAAUUAUACUAGAGCUGUUUGUGGAUGCGUAGCUUAUUAUAUGCCAAGAGAAUCUAACACUCCUAUUUGCGGACCUAAAAAGAUGAAAUGCUUGGAGCGAUCAUUAUCUGCUUUGACAAAACCUACAACAGACAUCGAGAUAAAAGCAGCCGCUGAAAAAGCGAAAUGUUUCUGCAUUCCUAUCUGCGUUGAUCUUAGCUAUAACGUUGAAAUUUCUAGCGGUCCUUUUGAAAAGCCAGAUCAACUAAAUACAGGAAAAACGAUGGACCAAUUGAAAGGAUACCAUGCAUCUGCAGUUUCAGUUUACUUCAAAAAUCCAUUCUUUCUACCUAACCAAAGGAAUGAACUGUACGGACCUACCGAUUUCAUAUCUAACUUCGGCGGUAUCUUAGGACUCUUUACUGGAUUUUCUCUUUUCUCCAUAGCAGAGUUGAUCUAUUUCUCAUCGAUCAGAUUGGUUGAGAAUCGAAGAAAAUACGGUCGUUGGGGUGGACCGAAAAAAGAUUGACAUGAAUUGUUACCAAAGAGAGGAUGAUAGAUAAUGAUUUGAAAUAAGUUACUAGUUAAUUCAUUGGUUAGGAAAUUAAAUAAAUAAAUAAAUAAUUCCAACAA